AUGUCAAACACAAGUACAACAACGCCGGCCGGCACAACACAACAACCUCAACAAGACAACCAACAACCACCACCACCACCACCACCGUUCAACGGCACCCACCCAGUAUACCACUACACGGCGCUCGGCGUGGCGGGUCUCGGCCUGCUGGCUCUGGCCCUGCCGCCGCGCACCUGGGGCUUCCGCAGCACGCUGCUCAGCUCGUCCGUCUUCAUCUCGUCCAACCAGCUCGCGCACGACUACACGGGCCGGUCGUUUGUGCAGCGCUGGAGCGAGCGGACCGAGAAGCUCGAGGCGGCCAUCAACAGCGGCGACUCAGACGAGACGCGGCGCAUCAAGGAGGCCAUACGCGCCGAGAAGCUCCGGAGGCGCGAGGCCCUGCCCGAGGAGGAGCGCAGGCGGCUCGAGGCGCUGGACCGCGCCAAGACUAAGAGCUCCUGGUUCAGGGAGUGGGACGAGAAGGAGAAGCAGGCCCUGGCCGACGGGAGGGGCUACGGCGGCUUGAUCAUGGACACGGUCAAGGAGGCGUUUGGUGUCGACGAGGAGAAGCCGGCCGCGGGUGAUGCGGAUAAGGCCAAGGAGGCCGCGGACAAAAAGCCGGAUGGGGCAAAGUGA